GGAACAAAAGUGCCUUUGUUGUCUGAGUCGAAGGGUGGUCAGAACAUCAAGGGAAGUGGAAGGUCGUCAGGCAAGACUUCAGAAUACAAAGAUUUUCGCCUUCCAUACACUUUUUUCGGCUGUCAAUACUUUAUUUUCUUCGUUUCUCAUUUUCGACCUACGUCGAGUCGUUUCUUUGGGGAGGAGACGUAUUUUCGAAGCAUAUAUACAACCUUUCAAUCCUCUUCGACCUUUCUCAGAGCCUUCAAUUAGAUCACUCUCGUUCCGCGACAACCCCGGCAAGGUCAAGCAACGCCAAAACCGAACCUUAGGCAACAUGUGCUCCUAUACUUACUCUUGGUAUUACUGCAACCACGAUUACUAUAUUUGGGCAAAUAGUAUCGAGGUCUGCCACGGAAGGUUGCUUUCGGGAUACUCCUACGACGCCUGGAGCAUCGAUAUGUGCAAAAAUAUGAAGGUCACCUGCGGCGGUUUCUCCAACUACUACUGCUCUGAUUGCUCCGAGGAUGUAGCGCUAGAGUUCGAGCUUGACGAGUUAUAAAUAAGCGAUUUACCACCAAUACUCAGCCCACAGCCAUACUCAACUCAACUCCUCCAAUCCCGCACCAUCGAGGUUUGUAGACUUACGAUAACACGAGCCGCACUCUACACGUUCGUGCUCCGACCUCUCAGUUACACUUCGACCUUCUGCGACCUCCAAUUAAUAAUCUUCACGUACAUGGUUGUUGACGGCAUUUUAUUUCAUAGCGAUGGAUACGUCUUCUUUGAUUCAGCGUUCAGUGUUCGGACAUAGGCGCAUCUCGGCGCCUACAAGAUCUCAUUUAUCCGGGAUGUUUGGAAUAAUUUUAAAGGCUGUGGGUGAUUGAGUUCGUUCUGGUGCUUCGAGCGCGCAUUUAUUCUAGACUGCUUAUUAUACCAUAAAGCGUAUCUUGGCUGCUCAUCUCUUCGCACAAUUAGCAAUCCAUUCAAGCUAUUAGAUAUCACAAAUCUAGAGUGAGGGUUCCUUCCCAGUGCCAUUACUCCGUCA